AUGUAUUCUGCCGUCGAGGAUUUCAGCACAUCUACUACUCUUUCUUCUAAAAGGAGCGAGGUUGACAGCGAAAAAGGCGGAACUCGAAGAUUUAAUUAUACACCGGCAGUUAAUGAUCCUUCCGAGAUCAAGCAAUUUAUUUUCCCCAAUCUCUCUUCCACUGUUGUGACUGCCGCAGCUCCCCGUCAAUUUAUCUGUGAUAUCUGUGGAAAGCGUUUCUUCAUGUCGCGGGCCCUAAAAAUUCAUAUUUCAAAAGUUCAUCGCGUACAAAGCUUGGGUCCUAUGGCGCCUGCCAUGUCUCCGGCAUUUUUUAACACUCAAAGACUACUAAAACGUCACUUAACUCAAAUGCACAAAUUAAAUGAAUUGAUUCAAGCUCCCGACCUCUCACAUUGCUCCGAUACUCCCCAUUCAAAAAAUGAACAUGUUGCAUUGAACAAAGCUGAGACGAUUUCUACUGAGAGCAUCUCUAGGCUAACAUCGGACAGCAUCUUGCACAAUAACAAUUUAGUAGACUCGAAAAAUUCUGCCGUAUUCGAAAAUGGAGAGUUUUCUUUCAACCGAUCUGAUGAGUUCUCUCAAAUUAAGCCCACUAAGCCAAACGCCAGCAAAUCUCAGGUAUCGUCUGCUCCUAAUGGCGCUCCUGUUUUUCAGUGCUCAUACUGUUCUAAGAAGUUCUCUUUAAUGCGAGCCCUCAGUAUUCAUCUGACAAAGAUGCAUCGUAAGCAUCCUCGUGGGGAGAUUUUCCCGCCUGUUGGAACUACACAUUCCAAUCCGCCCCCCGACAUUUAUCGGGCUGUUCCUUGUACUCCGUCACAAUCAGUCAAAAUCGCCAAGUGUGACAGUGAGAAUUUCCUCUCUGGUACUCCUUCGAAAGAAUGCUCUACAGAGGAUCCGAUUGAGAUUAAUCAUUUAACAAAUCAAUGUUCUGCUGUACCUCCGCUUGUUAUUCGUCUUUCUUCCGACCCUUGUGAGUUGUUUAUUUUUUCAUUCUUGUGUUUAACUGCAUGUCCGUGCUUAUCUCUAAGCUCGUCUUGGUUUUUCCUAUGA